AUGGGUCUAUUUAAUUUCAAGUUUAAAUAUACAAGGGCGCAACUGGAAAUAUUCAGAUUUUCUUUUUGUCUGCUAGCACCCGUUGCUGUAAUGUACUAUAUUGGUACAGAUACUGAUAAAAAAUUAAAUGUUCCAGGGUUCUGGCCAGAUCCUGCUACUCUGAACCAGAUACCAAAGGAACCGUAUGAGAUCAAAGCUGAACUGGCAAGAAUGAAGAAAGAACGUUUGGAAAAAAGAAUCAGACUGGAGAAAAAACUGCAAGAGGAAUUUGGUUUGGACCUUGAACAGGAAAAGGAAAAAAUCAGACAAGAAUUAGCGCUCAAAAAAGGUUGA